GUCGUAGGAGCCGUUAAAGGGACAAAAAUUUACAGUGUCCAAGUACCGAUUCCAUAAACAAAGAAGAAGAACGGGGUCGCUCUUCGCAGGCUAAGUUUUACUCAGCCGACAUGACUUUCAGAAAGUUUGUGCAGAUAGGCCGGGUGGUCUUUCUUAACUAUGGCCGCUUCAAAGGCAAAUUGGCUGUCAUUGUGGAUGUCAUUGAUGGCAACAGGGCCCUUAUUGAUGGACCAUGCUCAGGAGUCCCUCGCCAGCCUUUCAAGUUUUCUGAAAUGUACCUGACUAAGUACUUGUUGAAACUCCAGCGUAGCCAGAGGUCUAAGGGUGUGAGGGAAGAGUGGGAGAAAAAACAAAUUACACAAAGGUUUGCUGCUUCCAAGUGGCAGAAGAAUAUUGAGAAGCAUGAAGUGAGAAUUACAAUGACUGAUUAUGACCGGUAUAAGCUUGGCCGUGCCAAACAGACCAGAAAUAAGAUAAUUAAGGAUGCAUUCCGCCGCAUCAAGAAGAAGUCCAUGAAGGCCAAGGACGUAAGGCUUAAAGCAAAGGCUGCUAAAAAGGCCACCAAGAAGAAGGCCAAGACUGAACAAUAAAGAGAUGCAUGCAUUAGAAGAA